AUGCUCAGAGCAUCGAUUUCGGGGCCUCUCAGAAGGCUGCUUAUGACCAAGUCUCACUUGGAGACCCCCUUUUACGGCUCUGUUGUUCAAGGAAGCAAGUUUACCCCGGACUAUGCACAAUAUCUGAAGAUGCCUAAUGGAGAGGUGGGAUCUUACUUCCACGAUGUGCCAUUAGAACUAGACCACAAUGCUCGAACUGUGAACAUGAUAAUAGAGGUUUCCCGGUGGUCUAAUGCCAAGUUUGAGAUUUCGCGAGAGCGGCCUUUCAAUCCAAUUGUACAAGAUAACAAAAACGGCAAAGUCAGGUUUAUAGACAACGUGUUUCCAACUCACGGAUUUAUCCACAAUUACGGUGCAAUCCCACAGACUUGGGAGGAUCCGACGGUGUCAAGUUCUCAUGAGGGUGUAGCUGGAAUCAAAGGUGACAACGAUCCACUAGACUGUUGCGAAAUCGGGUCUGCCAUUCUUUCCAUGGGGGACGUGAAAAAAGUGAAGGUCUUGGGAUCCUUGGCCAUGAUCGAUCAAGGAGAGUUGGACUGGAAAAUCGUCGUAAUCGACGUGGCUGAUCCAUUGGCCUCAAAAGUAAACAAUCUGGGAGAUGUGGAAAACUAUUUUCCAAAGCUGUUGGAGGCUACACGUUCCUGGUUUCGAAACUACAAAAUACCCGCUGGUAAAGCAGCCAAUGAGUUUGCAUUCAAUGGUCAGUAUAGGGACGUCUCUGAGACUUUGGUUGUUAUAGAAGAAUGUCACGAUUCGUGGAGACACUUACUACGCGAUUCAGAGACCAACGAAGAUCUUCCUCAGGUCAGAAGAGCCGGUGCAGGCGUAGUUUACGAAGCUCAAGAGCUUCCGGAUGCUCCUAUACCACCCGCAGUGGGAAAAUGGCACUAUAUAAAAUAA